AUGAUAUCUAAUCAAUCAAUCUUAACUUUCAACGAUCUUCUCCCUCCCAAGAAGCUUACACCCAUCCCCCUAAUAUCUCCUCCCUCUGAACCCCCAGAAACAAUGUCGCAAAUCACAGACGAAACCCUCCGCGAGGCCAUCAAGCAGCGCCUCGAGGCCACCCACGUCGAAGUCACAGAUAUGUCUGGCGGCUGCGGUCAAGCCUUUACCUCUGUUAUCGUCUCCCCCCAGUUCCAGGGCCUCAACUCUCUUAAGCGUCAUCGCAUUGUGAACGCUGCCCUCAAGGACGAGAUCGCUAUUAUCCACGCUUGGACCGCCAAGUGCCAGACACCCGAGGAGUACGCAAAGACGAGCGAGGCCAGCGAGGCACAAGCGCAGGCAUAA